ACUGUUUGUUUACUUCGCUUGUUGGCACGCGGUGAAAUUAAUUUUCAGUUUUAUUAAAUAUUUACAGUGGGAUAAGAUGCCCAAAGAACAAUUUCGUGAAGCUGACGUAAUAAAAAAGAUAUCACAUGUGUCGUUUUGCAUUGACUCUGCACAGGAAAUUCAACAGACGAGUCAUUUACAAGUGAAACAAAAAAGCCUUUAUAAUCAAGAUCAAGACGCACCAACUAGAACUCCUGUUCAACAUGGAGUUCUGGAUCGUCGAAUGGGUGUCAGUCAAAAAGGCACAAAAUGUGAAACGUGUAAUCAAGGAUUAAACGAAUGUGUUGGUCAUUUCGGUUAUCUGGAUCUUGCUCUUCCGGUGUUUCAUGUUGGUCACUUUCGAGCAACUGUGACAAUCCUUCAAACAAUCUGUAAAUAUUGUUCACGAGUUAUGCUAAAGCCAGAAGAUGCAAAAAUGUUCAGUAAACGACUGAUGAAUCCAAAUUUAUCUUAUCUAGCAAAGAAAUCAAUUCACCAACAAGUUUUAAAGAAAGCUAAGAAAAAUACAAAAUGUCCUCACUGUCAAUCUACAAAUGGUGCAGUAAAGAAAGGAGCCGGUUUGAUGAAAAUUGUUCACGAACCAUUGAGAGGAAAAAAGAAAACUGAUCCACUUGUGACCAACGCUCUUGAAGAAUUAUUAGCUGCUUCAGAAGGCAACAAAGAAAUGUAUCAAGCAGUGGGACCACCAUCGCUUAUUCAAGAACUGAAUCCUAUUCAAGUGUUGAGUUUAUUUAAGAACAUCCCAAAACGUGACAUUCCUUUAUUGGGGAUGACAGCAAUUGAUUCCGAUCCAUGUAACUUAAUUGUGACGAGAGUUUAUGUUCCUCCAGCUUGCAUCCGACCAUCAGUGGUGUCAGAAAUCAAAUCUGGAACAACUGAAGACGAUUUGACGAUGAAACAAAGUGAAAUUCUUCUUAUUAACGAUGUGAUUGCAAAGCAUAUGACUUCAGGGGGAAAAAUUGAACUAAUUCAAGAAGAUUGGGAUUUUCUUCAACUUCAUUGCGCUUUAUAUUUCAACAGUGAAGUUUCGGGGGUUCCACUCAACAUGAUGCCGAAGAAAGCAACACGAGGAAUUGUUCAACGGUUGAAAGGUAAACAAGGAAGAUUUCGGGGAAAUUUAUCAGGCAAACGUGUUGAUUUCUCUGCUCGUACUGUCAUUUCACCUGAUCCCAAUCUCAUGAUUCAUCAAGUUGGCGUUCCUGAUCGUGUUGCAAAAAUUCUCACAUUUCCUGAACGUGUCAACACAGCAAACAUAAAAAAGUUACGUCAAAUGAUAAAAAAUGGAACUGAAGUUCAUCCUGGAGCAAAUUAUGUUCAGCAAAAAGGUGGGAACUUUAAGAAAUAUCUCGCUUAUGGGAACCGUGAUAAAGUCGCUCAAGAUUUAAAACUCGGCGACAUCGUUGAGCGACAUUUGGUGGACGGCGACAUUGUUUUGUUCAAUCGACAACCGAGUUUACAUAAACUCAGUAUUAUGUGCCACACAGCGAAGGUUCAACCGCAAAGAACAUUUCGAUUUAAUGAAUGUGUUUGCACACCUUACAAUGCUGAUUUUGAUGGCGAUGAAAUGAAUUUACAUUUACCGCAAACCGAAGAAGCACGAGCUGAAGCUCUAGUUUUGAUGGGGAAUCAAUCGAAUCUUGUAACACCGAGAAAUGGUGAACUUCUCAUUGCGGCAACGCAAGAUUUUAUUACUGGCGGUUAUUUACUGACACAACGUGAUGAAUUCCUGACGAAAGAGAAAGCAAUGCAGUUGGCAACUUGCAUGUUGUCAGGACCAGAUGCAUGUAUGGACAUUGAACUUCCACCGCCAGCAAUUCUCAAGCCACGUCGCUUGUGGACAGGAAAGCAAAUCUUCAGUUUAAUCAUGAAACCAAAUAGCAAAUGUCCAGUGAAUGCAAAUCUUGCAACAAAAGGAAAAAAUUAUACAACAAAUCAAGAUUUAUGUAUUCGUGAUUCUUAUGUCAUUAUCAGAAAUUCCCAACUUUUGUGUGGAUCAAUGGACAAGAGUACAUUAGGAUCGGGAACUAAAAGUUGUAUUUUUUAUGUGAUUUUACGUGAUUUCGGUGAAAAGUUUGCAACAAAAUCAAUGUGGAGAUUGGCAAGAAUGGCGUCGUACUUCAUGAUGAAUCGCGGAUUCUCAUUUGGCAUCAGUGAUGUGACGCCAAGUCGAAAGCUUCUUGAAGAAAAACAGAAACUUCUUGACACUGGGUAUGAGAAAUGCGACGCUUACAUCAUGGAGAUGAAGAAGGGAACUUUGCAAUGUUCACCAGGUUGCACACCGGAACAAACACUCGAAUCAGUGAUGUUGAAAGAGUUGUCAGGCAUUCGUGAAUUAGCAGCUAAAGCUUGCUUCCGUGAACUUCAUCCAACAAACAGCGCACUGAUCAUGGCACAAUCAGGCUCGAAAGGAUCAAACAUCAAUAUUUCUCAAAUGAUUGCUUGUGUCGGUCAACAAGCUAUUAACGGUAAAAGAGUUCCAAAUGGAUUUGAAGAUCGCGCAUUGCCACAUUUUGAGAAGUUUUCAAAACAUCCAGCAGCUCGUGGUUUUGUUCAGAAUUCUUUUUAUUCUGGAUUGACGCCGACUGAAUUUUUCUUCCACACGAUGGCUGGUCGUGAAGGUUUAGUUGACACAGCAGUUAAGACAGCUGAGACGGGUUAUCUCCAACGUCGUUUAGUGAAGUGUCUUGAAGAUCUUGUCGUUCAAUAUGAUGGGACAGUGAGAAAUGCAAUUGGUGAAGUUGUUGAGUUUAUUUACGGGGGGGAUGGCUUGGAUCCAGUGUUUAUGGAAGUUAAGGACCGUCCCGUUGAUAUGGAUCGACAAUUAAUGCAUAUACAAGCAAAUCCACAUCGGAAUGAGAAGAAAAUCGAAGCUUCAUCAAUACGACGAUUAGCUGAAGAAAUUUUAUCACAAGUUGAAUAUGAAAACAGUCGAAGCGACUUUAAAAAUGAAUGUUUAAAUUAUUUUGAUAAAGUUUCGAAAAGAAUCGAUAAAAGUCAGAAGAAGUAUCAAAGAUUUGGAAAAAUAAAUGAAGAAAUCGAAAGAAUAACGCCGGGGCAUGUUGAAGAAUUCUUGAAAGAAGUUAAUCAAAAAUACAAUCGAGCAAUAACAGAACCGGGAACAGCUGUUGGAGCUUUAGCAGCGCAAUCAAUUGGUGAACCGGGGACACAAAUGACAUUGAAAACCUUCCAUUUUGCUGGUGUUGCGUCGAUGAACAUCACACAAGGAGUUCCACGUAUUGUUGAGAUUAUCAAUGCAACAAAAUCAAUAUCAACGCCAAUUAUCACAGCUGAAAUUGAAGACAACACUUCAAUGGAGUUUGCAAGAAAAGUUAAAGCAAGAAUUGAGAAGACAACGCUUGGAGAGGUUACAUCAUUCCUGGAAGAAGUUUAUCGAAAUGACGAAUGUUUCCUGUUAAUUAAACUUGACUUGGAUCGCAUUCGUGUGCUUGGAUUGGAAGUGAAUAUUGAUACAAUUCGUUAUUCAUUGUGCACAUCAAAGCUUCGAUUAAAGCCAAAUCAAGUUGAGAUUCAUGGAUCGUCGAUGAUUGUGAUUGAACCUGAUCGUCAAAAAUAUGGCAACAUGAUGAAUGUUGAGCUUCAAAGAUUAACGACGUUAGUGCCAAAAGUUGUCAUUGCUGGAAUUCCGAAUGUGUCACGUGCUGUUAUAGCGAUUGAUGAAGCUCGCAGUCCACCAACUUACAAGUUGUGUGUUGAAGGCGCUGGAUUGAGAAAUGUUAUGUCAACUUAUGGAGUUAUUGGUAAACAAACGAAAAGUAACAACAUUUGGGAAGUUUACAAUACGCUCGGCAUUGAAGCAGCAAGAACGACAAUCAUGUACGAGAUAACAUCUGUGAUGGAAGGGCACGGCAUGAGUGUUGAUCAUCGCCACAUUAUGUUACUUGCUAGUCAAAUGACAAGUCGCGGAGAAGUUCUUGGGAUUACGCGACAUGGUUUAGCAAAAAUGCGUGAAUCUGUUUUUAAUUUAGCAUCGUUUGAGAAAACUGCUGAUCACUUAUUCGAUGCUGCUUACUAUGGACAAACUGAUUCAAUUGAUGGAGUUUCGGAACGAAUUAUCUUAGGAAUGCCUGCAUCGAUUGGCACAGGAUUAUUUAAGCUUUUACAUAGACAUGAAGAUAAGCGAGUUGUUCCAGCACCAACACCGAUUUUUGACGCGUUUUAA